ACGAAUAUUUUAUUGGUGUUUACAGUGUUAUUAUAAUGAUAAAAAAUUCACAAGACAUUUGUGUUACUUUUAUUUUUUAUAUUUUUAUAUUUCCUGUUGAAUUUUUCCAAUCCCGGUCAGCACUAAACAAAAGGCCGUAAGGAUGCAGUGUGUCGCCCUAUUUUUAUACUCCUGGCAUUUUUAUAAUUUUAACAUGGUAACCCUGAAUUCAUUUGGCAAAAAUCGAUAGGAAGAUGGACAAAUUAAAACUUGUAUUGAGUAGAAGCUACUAGUGAGUACUUAAUAAAAACUUAAAGCUAUCAUAAAAUAUAUUCAUUCAAUAUUCAAAAGAAGAAAAUGGAGAAACCCGAAUCAUUAACCACCAGCAAUAAAAGGAAAGUUGAAAAUAAACCAAAAGAAAAUGAAGUGCCACAAGGUGAUGAACAUAUCGAGGAAGAAUUCAUAGACGCAUCGAGCUGCAUUGGGUUGGAAAGCAAUCAAUGGUACUCCCCUAUCGUCAAUAUUUUGAUGUCUACCUUGUUAAUUGCGAGCUUCAUUUUGAUCGUGGCGAUGAUGAUUUAUUUGUUACGCAUUGUAUACCAAGUCUCACAGAAAAAAAAUGUUUAUGUAUCAGCCUCUGAGCAAAAUUAACUCAAAAUGUAAUAAUGGAUUAAAAAUUUGAUCACUACAAUAUGCAUUUUGUAUACUUUUAAUACUACUAGUCAAUAUAGAUUAUUAUACUCAUUUACAUAAUUACUACAUAAUUCUCAACUCUUAUUACCUCCGAUUAUUGUUUUAUGGAAUUAUAAUUCUUUUUAUAUACCUAACACGGACGAUAAAUAUUCGUAUAAUGUAUUAACUUUUUUAAUUCUUGUACUCAAUGCUUUAUCUUUUAUAAUUAUUGUCAAACAAUUAAUUUUUAUAGGUAGUAGGUAUUUUAAUUUUUAACGGUUUUUUUUUUUCAAAACCUUAUUUGUAUUUAUUUUAAAAUUUGAAUUAAAUGAAUCCGCAUAUUCCUUCUCUGAUGAAUUUAGUACUUUUUUUUUUAUUGUCGUUAUGAAGAAAUUACUAAAACCAUAUAACUUAACCUACUGGUAGACAUGUUAUUAUUAGCUAAAA